CUUAAUCAUCCCGGCUAGAGGGUAUACAAUGGGCCGAGGUCCCUUUCUACAUCCAGUGGAGCAGUUUUCCUAAUCUGGGGUUGCUCCGAUCGCCUUUUCCCCAUUUUUUGCUUCUCCUCAUAUUUUCUCCAUGUUCUAAAAUAAAUUAUCCCCCCCAUCCUUCCCCAACUUCUGCUCCUUAUUCCCACCUCUAGAAUAUCUCAUUCAUUCUCCAAAUACCACCCACCAUGUCCUACAAACAAAUCAUCUACACCACCGCGCCAAACCCGGCCAUCGACCCCUCCCUCAACACGGGAACCUUCAGCGUCAAGACCGUCCCCAAACCCACCAAUGUCCCCGCCGACAAACUCCUCGUGCGCACGCACUACCUCUCCCUCGACCCCGCCAUGCGCCAGUGGCUAACCGCCAAACGCUCCUACAUCGCCCCCGUCGAGAUCGGCGCCGUCAUGCGCGGCCAAAGUAUCGGCCAGGUCAUCACCGUCGGCAGCGACCUCUCCUCCAAAUUCCGCGUCGGCGACUGGGUCGUCGGGUACUCCGGCUGGCAAGAGUACGCCGUGCUGGGCGCCAAGGAAGUUGAAAAGGUGGUUCUACCCCCAGGCGGCCGGCCCACCGAUGCCAUGAGCGUGCUCGGCAUGACCGGGUUGACUGCGUACUUUGGUAUGCUGGAGGUUGGCAAGCCGCGCGAGGGCGAGACGGUGGUUGUUUCCGGUGCGGCGGGUGCUACUGGUAUGGUUGCGGGCCAGAUUGCCAAGAUCAAGGGUGCCAAGAGGGUUGUUGGAUUGGCAGGGAGUCGGGAGAAGUGUGACUUCUUGGUGAAGGAGUUGGGAUUCGAUGCUGCGAUCAAUUACAAGGAUGCCGAUUGGCGGAAGCAGUUGAAGGAGGCGACGCCCGAGUAUAUCGAUGUCUUUUUUGAUAAUACCGGUGGUGAGAUUUUGGAUGCUUGUUUGGCGAGGGCUGCGCGGGAUGCGCGCUUUGUGAUUUGCGGUGCUAUCAGUCAGUAUAACUCUGCGAAGCCGCAGGGUCCGGCGAGCUUUAUGACCGUUAUUUCCCAACGAGUCACUAUGAAGGGCUUCAUUGUCUUCGACUAUGCGAAGCAGUACGCGACUGCCCAGCAGGAGCUGGCUUCCUGGCUGUCGCAGGGUAAGCUCAAGCGCAAGGAGCAUAUCGUGCCCGGUGGUAUCGAAGGAGCGCCCCAGGCUCUGGUUGAUUUGUACAAGGGUGUGAACACGGGCAAGAUGAUGGUUGAGGUUGCUCCUGUCAGCGAGGCUCUGAAGGCUAAACUGUAGUGGGAGUCUCGAAUGCUUUGAGCCAUGUACAUUUUUCCCGUCAUAUAUCACAUCUGCAUCUUACCUUGCUGAACCAAACUGCGGGAUUCUGGCCUAUUUUCAGCUAGUGAUGCCCGAAGCAAACACUAUAAAUAAUAAUGAGUGUCAAAUACUCGGACUACAAUGUAGUUUGUGGAGUUCAUGUAGAGACUCUUUGAAAUAGUAUAAGUUGAGUCUUGUCUCUG